GACUCUAAAUUUCUCACUUUCUAAUAAGUUUGAGUUUCCAUGUUCGAUAAUGUCUACGUGUAAGGCUGUUUGUAGUAAAUUUGGAACUCUGUUUACACCUGCGCUGCUGAUAACGUGAACUAACUCGUCAGGAUGCUUUUGGCAAAAAGAUGGCUAAAUGCAUGGAUUUAUUUCGUAUGCAUUUGGGAAUUGGCAGCCGGGUCGCGUCCGCAAUUUGAUACUUCCACUAAUAUGGGUCUGGUGCUCGUCCCGGCCGACGCAGAAGUAGACUCUGUGAUAUUCAGACUUCGGGCAACUGAUCAGGAUGCAGAUUUUCCACUGGUAUUCGAUAUAACGGCUGCCGUCCAGCCAAUCGUUCGGAUCGAAAACCUGCCUUGUACUCUGUACAACAAAGUCUGCCAGGCCAAUGUGAUCCUGACACGGCGACUCGUCCCUGGACGUCUCCAUGAUUUCGCGGUUCGAGUUAAGGAUUCGAAGGGUGAUUCGAACUCGAUGCAGGCCACGAUAUCCGUCACCAACGCGUCGACACCCCGAGACAUGAUCUUCCCACAUGUGCCGUCCAUUAUAAUGGUCCCUGAGGACACCAAACCCGGCAAGGAGUUGGAUUAUCUGCUCGUGCGUGCGAAUCCGUGGCAGGGAAAACCGGUGUACAUUGAGUUGUGGCAACCCAAGGAACUUUUCACCAUACGGCAACGACAAACGCCGACUCAGACUAGAGGGGUUAUAACGUUGAUAGGAGAACUCGACUUUGAAACCCAGUCAAUGUACACACUGACCAUGUAUGCGACGGAUCCUUACACAGAGCCGGGAAAGGAUACGAGAAAUAUCGCGGGUGUCCACGUGGUUGUGAUUGUUCAGGAUGUCCAGGACGUCCCUCCAGUCUUCACAAUCGCUCCCCCCUUGACCAGAGUGAACAAUUCUGUGAAGCCUGGGGAUGUGAUUUUGCGAGUUCACGCCGAGGAUGGUGACAAAGGCACGCCUCGUGAGGUCACGUAUGGUUUGGUCUCGGACGGUAACCCUUUAACACCGUUCUUUAACAUCUCCGAAUGGACUGGAGAAAUCACGUUGGCACGACCCUUGGAUGAGCUCACUCAAAUUACCCACGUAGGGGCGCCAAUUUUACUGACGGUGGUAGCUGAGGAGGUGCGUCGUUUAAGAGACGAACCUCCGGCGCAGGCGACUGUAGUAGAACUUGGUCUGCUCCUUGGAGAGCCAGGGAACAGUCCUCCCUACUUCGAGAGUGACAGCUACAUGGCGUGGAUGGACGAGAAUGCGACGCCUGGUACAAUCGUGAUGUUCGACAAGCCUUACUUAACCACCGUGCGAGACGAGGACAUCGGGAAAACGGGCGUAUUCGCAUUGAAGCUUGGAAACAACAACGGGACUUUUGAAGUGACACCAACGGUGGCCGAAAGGGUGGCCAAUUUCGUGGUGACGGUGCGAGACAAUGCUCUGAUGGACUUUGAGGCCCGAAAGACGGUCGAAUUCACGAUAAUCGCUCAGGAAGUUGGACCUGCGACGAACCUCUCGACGUCGGUACCGGUCACCGUGUUCCUGAAGGAUAUCAACGACAACCCUCCGGAAUUUGAAAAAGACGUAUACGAGGUCACGCUCAUUGAGAACGUGUCACCGAAGACGAGAGUUGUCCAGGUGCACGCUACCGACAAAGACACCGGACUGUCGGGUAGCGUGCGGUACACCGGGAUUAUUGGACCUGGUAACGAGACCUUGACUAUGGACUCGGAGACCGGGUUGAUUGUCGUGGCCGAUGGUUCACCGGGGCUGGAUCGAGAGGUGACGGCGAGUUUGCGGCUAUUUGUAGAAGCUCGCGACGAGAAUGGUAGGGGACUAUCGAGCACUGUGCCAUUGAUUGUCAACCUGCUCGACGUUAACGACAAUGCUCCGAUAUUCGAUAAGCCGAUCUAUGAGUUCAUCCUGAACUCAGAGCAGACCAACUUUACCAGCCCAGCAUUCAUCAGGGCAGUCGACGCUGACGCUGAGCCUCCAAACAACGAGGUUCGGUACGAACUAAUGCAUGGGAAUUACGGAAACAAAUUCCGCCUGAACGAAGUAACCGGCGAAUUAACACUUAGAGAACCGCUGACCAAAUCUCGACGAAGGCGGAACAAUGAUUACGUUACAUUUGCAACAAAAUUCAAAAGCAAUCUGCUGCAGACGUUGAACAUGUACCAAAAAAUUGGCAGUUCUACAGAGAAACCGUUGAGGAUAUGGAAGAACCGUAAAAAACGAGCGGCUGAAGAUGUGGUGUAUACUCUAACUGUUAGAGCCUACGACUUAGGAGUUCCGCACCUCUCGAGCACGGCGAAGGUGUAUAUUAUAAACGCAACGCCGAUGGGUGCACUCACGCUCAUGUUGGUGGUUCCAGCGAAGGAUCUCGACCCAUUGCACACGACGGAAAUUUUAGCAGCUAUCACUGGCGGACGCGUAACCAUCCAAGAUAUACGUCCUUACGAUCAGCCUGGACAACCGAAAAACGCAACUUCUCAAGGAGAAAAGAUGAGUAUAGUUGUCGCACGGGUCGAGCCUACUAUGUCCGGUACGUUCCUCGUGGACAUAGAAAAAAUUCACAAAAGCUUGGUUGCGAACGGCAUGAACAUCGUGCCUGUUACCGACUCGAAGACCGAUUCGUCCAAGGUAGAGAAUACUCCUCCUGAUGUUGGGAGCUCCGUUACAAACCCGAUAGGGAACUCCGUUGUGAACCCAGUCGGGAGCAUUUCCGGCAGAAAUAAUGGAAGUAAUAGUGGUAGAGUUCAGGGAAAUGCCGCUAGCACUGGCAGUGGCAGGGGGGGUGAAAAUACUAUUGGCGGCAUGGGUGGAGGUAGCAGUGGUAGCGGUAAAGGGGGUGAAAAUACUGUUGGUGGCAUGGGUGGAGGUAGCACUGGUAGCGGCAAAGGGGUUGAAAAUACUGGUGUUGGUCUGAGUGGCGGUAGCACUGAUAGCGGCAAAGGGUUUGAAAAUACUGUCGUUGGUUUGAGUGGAAGUAACACUAGUAACGGCAAAGGGGGUGAAAAUAAUAUUGGCGGCAUAGGUGGAGGUAGUACUGGUAGCGGUAAUAGGGGUGGAAAUACUAUGGAUGGCAUCGGUGGAAGUAGCGCUGGUAAUACUGGAGAAGGUACAAUUGUGAAAACUUCAUUGGGAACGUACGAAAGUUCAGGUGGAAAGUCGAAUAUCGACACAGUUAAUAAAACGACGUUGGCUUCAAACAAUGAAUAUAUCGUAUAUAAAGCAGAGAAUAAAUUACUGCUCUGGCUUCUAAUUCUCUUGGGGCUGAUGAUGUUGUUAGCGUUGUUGGGUCUGAUUCUUUGCUGCAUAUGCCCAGGAUGUCCAUUUUACAUGGCACCAAGAAAGAGACGGGUGCAUUCGUUAGAAACUGUGAAUUACGUAGAAGGAAGACCCAAGCGCCACCUUCGGAGGAAGCAAGAGAACGUCGCUAAAGCUGAGUGGUCGGAAAAAAAGCAGGCCUGGAGUGCCGAUCCAAUGCGGCAUACCUGGCAGUUCAAUCGGCGCAACACGAAAAACCGGGGAAUUGCCUCACUGCCGGGAGACGUGGCCGAGGUAAGGACAUUGCAGGGUGCAUCAAAGGCACCUUCGUUCCGGAUGAAGGACGGUCCUCCAUCCUGGAGGGUUCAAGACAUGACCCAAAAGCGUCAAGACGAACGUCUUUACGUCGAGGACGUAGAGACAGGGCAAACUUAUGACAUUGGGGAUGUGGAUUCGCUGCGAAGACACGAAAUGGAACGAGGUUCAGACGUUCUACGCCGCAGUUACCACCCGGCAGACGAGUCAUUGCAAUUCCCUCGCGAACAGCAAUUCUACAGAAAUGGUAACGCGGAGGUCCUUCGGCUGAUAACCAGAGGUCACGAAAAAGACGACGACGUAUCACCGCAAGCCCAACGGCCGAUUACUUUGGUUCUAGAUCAACAGGCACUUGGCUAUCGAACUGACGGUAAAGACAUUCUCCUGCGUCGGUUCAUGGAAGAUCAGAGGAUACGACAGCAACAAGAUAUUCAUGGAAGUGUGCAAGAGAUCUCUGUAGACGCUUUAGAGCCCGGGAAACAGGGCAGCGGGCAGUUCCUUCAAAAACACGAAGUUCUUUUGGUACCCAGCAGUCUGGAACCCGAUCGAAGGCAGCAGAGGGGAGAAAAAUCACCAAGUGUUCAAUGUCUGAUUAUCGACCACGGUGACCUGGAAGAUGAGGAAGAGCUGAAGGUACGAAAACAGCAGAUAGAAAGUAAAGAGGCGGAACUACAACAGCAGAGAAAAGUGGCCGCGGCGAUGCUCGUCGGAACCGCUGUUGCCAAAGCUACUGAAAACGCUGAGCAACAUGGAUCUUUUCUGAAUAUUCCAUCCUACGCUUCUCAACACGCCGAGUUGGCUAAACAGAAUGCAUUACUGACGCAGCUCGUGAUGGACAGAGACGCGAGAACCCUCAGAGUUUCGGGAAUAGACCCUGGUAAUUAUUUAGAGACUCAGAGUCUGCCGGGUCAAGUGGCAAUUGCAACUCAAACUGACCGUACGGCGGCAACGCAAACCGAUCACUUUACUCAGGUUCGAAGUAGAAGUGAUAACGAUGAGUCUGACGACGAGGUUAGGUCACGGAGGAAAUCAAAGUCUAAGAAACGCUUUGGCAGCGAGCUGAGGAGGUCACGAAGCCUCUUAAUGAGGUCACCGAUCCAGGAAGAAGCUCGAUCAAGCUCUGAUACAAGAACAAAUUUACUGCGCCGCAAGGCUAAAGACACACGAGAAGGCAGAAGAGCGACCCUGGAGCCAGAAGUACUUCGGGAGAUAUCGGAUUCCCUUGACGAACAUGCUAGCACACCGUCACUGGAAGAAAGACGAGUUGAAAAUACAGAAUCACGGGAAAUGAAAAACGUAGAUUACAAAAGCGACGAGCGUGCUGAUCUGAACGGAGAAGAACUUAGCGAAAUUCCAAGGCAAUCGUCACCGGAUGCUGGCAAGAACAAGUAUCACAAACGUUCGCAUGCGAAUGCAGCUGUCGAAGAUACGUCAGACACGCAUAAGCUGGAAAGCAAGACCAAAAAGCAGCCCAGUCCUACUAAGUCCAAGGUCAACUUACCAAAGACUGAGAUAAAGUCUGUUAGUUCGAAGAAGAGUGACAAGAAAGAAAGCGAUACGACAUCAAGCACCAAAAGCAUAUCUAAAAGAAAAUCCACAGAGUCACAGAGCAGUAGCAGUGGGACGGAAAAAAACAAAAAAGUCAAGGAGGAUAAAAAAAAAUCUCAAAGUAAGUCGGGCCCAAAGCCAGUAAUGCUCAAAACAACGUCCGAAAAGCCUAACAAGAAGAGUAAACCACGCGAACCAGAGGAGGUUCCUAUCGCCAAGAAGCGAACAUUGCUAAGGCAACUGAAGGCUAAGAAGAUGAGUACCGAGAGUUCUGAAGUUGAGGAACUUCCUGAUAGAUCGCGGCACUCGAGUUUAAAGACAAAAAAGUCGAAGCAUGAUCCGACAAAAGCUAAAGGCAUAAAUGUGCUGUCUGAUGAACCAAAAUCACGAAGUUCAGAGACUGACCGUAGUCAAUUACUUCCGCGACAUCAACAAUCCGACUCUUAUUCAAGCACUGAAACGACGGAACAACACGAUAUUACCGCAGGCGAAAAAAAAACUUCAAUUAGUUCUAAGGUGAAGGAAAUAAAACAAGAUGGCCAAAAAAAUAAAAUAGUUCAGGACUCGCAGACUCAAAAAACUCAGUCCGAGACACAACCGAGGCAAGAAGUAAGAAAGGAUCCUGGUUCUCCGGAAAUAAGUAAAAAAUUGACGACUGACGCGGUACAAACAAUGGAGAUGGUUUCCGAUCCACAUCAGAUAACUGGUAAAGAAAAUUCUAAUAAACCAAACGGCUUGAAUUCAAAAUUGGAUUCCGAUGCUGGAAAAUUAAGUACAGUUUCAAAGGAAGGUCAACGGAAACCAACCACUUACGAUGACGUAGGCAAAGUGGGCGUAGGAUCUCAAAGUGAAUCUGGAAAGUUAAGUCCAACACUUAAUUUCGAGACACUGAAAUCUGACGCUAAUGGGAAAAUUGAAACAGAACCAGCUGAACCCUCGGCCGAUGAGGGUUCGAAAACCAUCGACAAAAUUUCAGAUAAAUCUAAAGAACCUGAGGUUAAGGUUUCAGAAUCUAAAGUAAAUACUGUAAUAGAAAAACAACUUGAGCCAGGCAGUGAAAAAUUAUCGGAAAGCGAUGACAAAAUUUCACGUUAUUUAGGAGAAGCUGUGCCGAUUAUUGUUGCAAAUAAUUCAAAAGUUGACAAAAUUUCGUCACCCACAGAAAAGGGGUUAAAGCCAAGUACUACGGGAACUCAAGGAAUUACUGAAGAGACUUCAGUGGAACCUGAGACAGGAAGACCUGAUCUAUCAGAAUCGGCCGUAAAUGUUGCACCAGUAGAAAAACAACCUGAUUCAACUAUCAAAGAUUCACCCAUGGCUGAUGAGGAUUCUCAAAAAAUCACUGCCGAUGCUUUACCAAAAUCAGCGUCUCAAACUGUAGAAACCGAUAUCGAUACUUUCUCUAAAGAGAAGCCCAAAUCAAUUCCAAAGGAAAUGAUAAAAAUGUUUUUGGAGUCCGAAGCUGUGCACAGCGCUCGUGAUUUACUACAGAGUUUUGUGAAAACAGAAAGUCACCCGGUGCCAAGCUCGGAGAAAAGUCUGAAGCCAGAUAUUAAUGAUGCUCUUGUAGUCGAGCUCUCCCAGGAGGCAAGGACUCAUCAGGAUACGCCAGGCGAUGAAAAUUCAGCCGAGAAGAUAAAAGGUGAUGGAGAAAUUGGGCCAAUUGAAGCCUCUACAUCGUCAGCAGAUCAAAUUCGGGAGAAAAAUGACGAUGCGAAAUCUAAUUUAGUAGAUUCCACUACAUUAGCCGUUGCUACAACCUCCGACCAAAUAAACAAGAUUGAAGAUGCUAAUAAAACGAUUGGUGGAAAUCCUGAAAAAGCACCAAACGAAACUUCGUUGUUAAAUAACGCGAGCAUCUCGCCACCUGACGUUGCACGCAGUGAAACAAAGCGUUCGGAUAUCACUCGAUCAGAGGUUGACCCACCUCAAAUGGAACAAAAGAGUGAAUCACCAAAGAGAGAUAAAAAUGAGCUCGAAAAGCUCGAGUCCACAGAUAUCACAAAUGAGAGCUCGAUUGCAGGACCAGUUGGAAACAUUGAAAGUUCGAAAACAGACAAAUCACUUUUGCCGACGGAUAACUCAAAUGAUAAAAGUGAGAAUGAAAUGAUCGCGGCAACAAAGAAGGAAAAAGAGAUAGAAGUAGAUCAACAUAGCUUCCCAACAGUAUCUGAUACCAAAGAUAAUGAUAUGAAGUCGCCAGAGCAAAACCUCGCACAAGUUUCUAACGCGAGCGAUAUUCCGGAAAGAGAAUCUCCUUCGUUUUAUGUCCUAUCGGGUACGUCAUCUCCAGAGGGACUUGAUUCCAAGCAAGAAAUACGCGAUAAAGAAAUUGCGUCUGAUGAAUCUUCACCUGAAAAAACCGCAGCUGUACCGGCGUCAAGUAUUUCUGAGUUGCUUACUGCCACCGAGAAACGAGAAAAAGUCAAUAUUGAACCCAGCAAAAUGCAGGGACAGCCUCUAAAUUCAGCAAAGAUACAAUCCCAGGAGUGGUACAAACAAUUACAAACCGGUGACACGUCUAGCGAUUUUUCUGAGGUUACGCAACCAUAUCAAACGCCUCGACAUCGAUCCAAAAAUAGAGAUGGAAAUGGAGAAGAACCUGCGAGCGUGGGAAUUCCGGCAAUAACGGCGCAGCUGCUUGACGAAGGAAAUGAUAUUCCUCAGGCUGAACACGUGACACGAUCAACUGACAAACGUCCAGAUUCAAAAAAAAAUGAUAGUAAAAUUCAGAUGAGGGACGAAACGCCUGGUGCCUUUGCACCUGACAAUCGAGAUGAUGAAUUAACGCCAAGGUUAAUUGCAGAAGAAGCGAUCCGCAGCGGACUUGAAGAGCUUAUCGCAACUUCCGGUGCCCCGAAGAUGGAAAAACAAAGCUCAAAACAACCGUCGUCUAAAGCAUCUCCAGAAAAUGAACGAGUCGAGACGUCGAAGCGAAAGUCGACCAAGGAUACAGGCCGGACUCCGUCGAGCGUAGAAAGUAAAAAAUCAGUCAAGGAAAGAACUGGGAACGGUUCUCAACCGAUAAAGAAGAACGCCGAAAGUCAGGAGACGACGAAGUUGCGUAGACCAAAGACGGAGCCUAAGGGUGGGAGUCAGCUUGAAGAGGAUAAGCACCUGCAGGUGAGACCUCGUACACAGCGGGGAAAGCCAAGCGAUCCUCGUCAAGAGCCGACGAUCCAACGCUCGAAGCCGCAGGAGAGAGGAGGAGGUGAUCAGGCGAGACGAAACGCGGAGGAAGCCAAAUCCGAGGAAUCGGACCAGUCGAAGCCAGCAGAGACGAAGACGGGGUACAUGUCGAGGUAUAAACAAAAGCGAGAGGAGAUGGAACGGAGGAGAAAGGAGCUGAAGGAGGCCGCCGAGGAAGAGCAGAGGCCCCGCUGGCAGCGGAAGCCGCAACGUGCGCCAGGCAAGGAAGCCCCCAGGAUCAAGGACAUGCCUCAAGAGGUCAAGACACCGGAAGGAGCGACGCCGAGGACUCGUCGAAGGAUCAAGCCUCUAGUGAACGCGGAGUCUGAGCAGCUAAGGGCGAUGGUUAAGGAGGGACGAAAGCUCCGGAAAGCGGAGGGGGGCGACAGCGACGAUCCCCCGGUUGAAAUAUUCGCGAGCGAACCACCUCGGCGAACAUCUCCGAGUCAUCGACCUUCGCACCAGCAGUCCAGCUACAAUUACGAAAAAGUACAGCCCCCGUUUUACUUGCAUCCACCACCGCCGGUCCCGCAUCCGUCCCCGCAAGUUUCGCCGCUCCACGGAUCUCAGGACUCAAAACGACCCGACGACGACCUCGAUUCCGGAAUCGCAGUCUCUUUGCAGGGGGGUACGAAGCUUCGCCAUCAACAGCUCUUGGAGAAGAAAAGCGUCUUCGAUAUCGCGUAUAGCGAGGCAGCACCGUCUCAGCUCAGAACAGACAGCACUACCCCGCCAUCAUGAAUUUAGUUGAAGGAUUUUGCGGGCGAAUUCGUGGUCUGAUGUGUUAUCGUAAUAGAAAUGGAAAUUUUAUGAAAGAUUUGAAACAGAAGUAAAGUCUACCCAUUUUGUGCAAUUCGAAAAAGGGAACAUUUUUCACAGAGAAUUUUUAUAUACGGAUAUGGUUUGUCGUAAUACUCGUAUAAUUAUAUUAUAGCGAUAACAACUCAUUGUCGGAAGAAUAGAAUAUAAGAUAUUUUUAUUCCCU